UAUCAAAACUGGAGCUAUACGACGUCGUCCGGCUGUUUCCCCCAAUUUUCACUCUUUUCCUAAAACCCACUCGAAAUUACAACUGAUAUAUGGGUUAUGUUUGUAUGUGUAAGCACUUAAUUUUGAUUCGAAAAUUGUUCAGGAAAUGGUUGAAGAAAAGGACGUAGAGAAGAAAGAGGAAGAAAUUGAGGCUGUGGGAGCUGAUUCUUCCGACGAUUAUCUUGGGGACGAUAAUGAGGGGGAGGAGGAAGAAGAAGAAGAAGAAGAAGAAGAGUCGCAUUCUGAGGAACCCUUGACCGAGGAGGAGAUAGAAGAGCUCAUUGCUGAGCUUUUAGAAGUUGAGAGCAAAGCUGCGGAAGCUCAAGAGGCAUUGGAAGAGGAAUCCCUAGUCAAAGUAGAGGCUGAUGUUAGGAAAGAAUUGGCUCAAUCUCUGUCUGGUGAUGAGUUGGAUAAGGCUGUUACAGAAGAGAUGACAACAUUGAAGGAGGAGUGGGAAGUGGAGCUUGACAAGCUUGAGACCGAGAGUGCUCAUUUACUGGAGCAACUUGAUGGUGCUGGUAUUGAGCUCUCCAGUCUCUAUAAGUGGAUUGAAAGGCAAGCUCCUAAUGUUUGCUGCACUGAAGCAUGGAAGAAGAGGACUCACUGGGUUGGAAAUCAAAUGCCCACUGAUGCUACUGAAUCAGUUGCACAAGCUGAAGAGUAUCUCCAGAUUCACAGGCCUGUGAGAAGGCGGCAUGGCAAAGUCUUGGAGGAGGGUGCCAGUGGUUACCUGGGAAAGAAAGUUGUGACAAGUGAAAGCAGUGUAGCUGUAAAUGAUAGUAUGAAUGUAGAUUGGGAUUCUUUCAGCAAAAUGUGCUCUGAUAGGUCAUCUUUGGAGGAUGUCUCUUUCGGCAGCAAACACUGGGCUUCUGUCUACCUGGCCAGCACACCACAACAGGCUGCUGAACUGGGCCUAAAAUUUCCAGGAGUAGAUGAGGUGGAGGAGAUUGAUGAUGUUGAUGGUACUUCUAGUGAUCCGUUUAUUGCAGAUGCUGUAGCAAAUGAAGGAGAUUUGAAUCUUACUGAAGAACAAAAGAGAAACUUUAGAAAGGUUAAAGAGGAAGAUGAUGCAAAUGCUGAUCGCAAGCUUCAUAAUCGUUUGAAACGAAGGAGACUUAAGAAGCAGCGGAAAGAGGAUGCUAUUCAGGGAGAACUUUCCUCGGUUGUUGGGCUAAGGGAGCGACAAUUAGAUGGUUCCAUGGUUCACGAGGAUGGAACUGCUAAAAAUGAGAUCGAAGAUCAAGAAAUAAUUAAUAUCGUGCCGGAGUUGUCUGGUUUUGUUGAUGGAGAGAAAGCAAAGAGUGACAAUGAUGCCUCUGCUUCCGUGGACUUAGUCGAGUCGAGGGGGGUCAAGCGUUCAAGUGAUAAUGAACGACCCUCUGACGAUAACAAAUGCACAAUUACUAUAGAAAGUGACGAUGAAGCCGAAGUCGCUGUAAAUAGAUCGCCGCAUAUGGACGAAGCCACCAAAUCAGAAAGCCAAAUAUCCUCUAGUUCAGAUUCUGAUUCAGAUUCUGAUGUUGGUGUCCAUUCCAGCACUAAGAAAAGACGUAAAAAGAAAAUCCGGAGGAUCAUUGAUGAUGCUGAGUUGGGGGAAGAGACUAAGAAGAAAAUUGCCAUUGAAAAGGAACGUCAAGAGCGGCUUAAAUCUUUGGAGGCACGAUUUUCUACACAGUCUGUUAUGAUGAGUUCUGCAGUCACUAAUGGUAGUUCAUUUGAUGGAACUGGCUUAGAAGUGCUGGGCGAUACUUCUUCAGGAUACAUAGUAAAUGUUGUGAGAGAGGAAGGUGAAGAGGCAGUGCGGAUUCCUCCCAGCAUCUCGAUGAAAUUAAAACUCCACCAGAUUGCAGGGAUCAGAUUUAUGUGGGAAAAUAUUAUUCAGUCAGUGAGAAAAGUGAGGUCCGGUGAUAAAGGUCUUGGAUGCAUUUUGGCUCAUACAAUGGGUUUAGGUAAAACUUUUCAGGUCAUUGCUUUUCUGUACACUGCUAUGAGAAGUGUGGACCUAGGGUUGAAAACUGCACUCAUCGUGACACCAGUUAGUGUUCUACACAAUUGGAGACAUGAGUUUAUGAAGUGGAGACCGUCUGAGCUAAAGCCUCUUCGUAUCUUCAUGCUUGAAGAUGUUCCAAGGGAGAAAAGGGUUGAGUUGCUCAUGAAGUGGAGAAUCAAAGGUGGUGUCUUCUUGAUUGGCUAUACUGCCUUCCGUAACUUGUCUCUUGGAAAGUAUGUCAAGGACCGAUACAUGGCUAAGGAGAUUAGUCGUGCACUUCAGGAAGGACCUGAUAUCCUAGUCUGUGAUGAGGCCCACAUUAUCAAGAACACUAGGGCUGAUACAACCCAGGCACUGAAACAAGUGAAGUGCCAGAGAAGGAUUGCAUUAACUGGAUCGCCUCUUCAGAACAAUCUGAUGGAGUACUACUGUAUGGUUGAUUUUGUUAGAGAAGGAUUUCUAGGCAGCAGCCAUGAGUUUAGGAACCGUUUCCAAAAUCCAAUAGAAAAUGGUCAACACACCAAUUCUACUGCAGAAGAUGUGAAGAUAAUGAACCAAAGGUCUCAUAUUCUGUAUGAACAGUUAAAGGGAUUUGUUCAGAGAAUGGACAUGAACGUGGUUAAAAAGGAUUUGCCUCCCAAAACUGUAUUUGUUAUCUCUGUUAAGUUAUCUCCAUUACAGAGAAAACUGUAUAAGAGAUUUCUUGAUGUUCAUGGUUUCACAAAGGACAAGGUUUCUGGUGAAAAGAUAAUUAAGAGAUCAUUUUUUGCAGGGUACCAGGCCUUAGCUCAGAUAUGGAACCAUCCUGGGAUUUUGCAGUUGCGGAAAGAAAACAAGGACUCCGGUAAAUAUGAAGACAUAGAAGAUGGCAGCUCAAGCGAUGAGAAUGUGGAUUACAAUGUGAUCUCUGGAGAGAAGCUGGUGAAUCCUCAAAGAAAAAGUGAUAACGGAUUUCUGCGUGAGCAGGAUUGGUGGAGAGAUCUUCUUAUGGAAAAUAAUUACAAGGAUGCCGAUCAAGGUGGGAAAAUGGUUUUGCUACUUGAUAUUCUCACAAUGUGCUCAAGCAUGGGCGACAAGGCACUGGUUUUCAGCCAGAGUAUAUUAACUCUGGACCUGAUUGAAUUUUAUCUUUCGAAAUUGCCUCGUCCCAGGAAGAACGGAAAAUGCUGGAGAAAGGGGAAGGAUUGGUACAGGUUAGAUGGAAGAACUGAGAGCUCCGAGAGGCAGAAAUUGGUUGAGAGGUUCAACGAUCCUUUCAAUAGAAGGGUCAAAUGCUGUUUGAUUUCGACUAGAGCUGGAUCUCUGGGGAUUAAUCUUCAUGCAGCUAACCGAGUAAUUAUAGUUGAUGGAUCUUGGAAUCCUACAUAUGAUCUUCAGGCAAUAUAUAGGGUCUGGAGGUACGGCCAAACAAAGCCCGUCUUUGCAUACCGAUUGCUGGCACAUGCUACAAUGGAGGAAAAAAUUUAUAAGCGUCAGGUAACUAAGGAAGGCCUUGCAGCUAGGGUUGUCGAUAGGCAGCAGGUGCAUAGGACGAUGUCAAAAGAAGAAAUAUUACAUUUGUUUGAUUUUUGGGACGAUGAAAAUGCCGACAUAAUGCCUGAGUUGGGUCAAGAGACUGACCCAAAUACAACUUGUCGUGUUGGAAACUUAUUGAAGCAGAAGCUGCCACUUCCUCAUGGAAGUUCAUCUUCGGACAAAUUAAUUGAGACUUUGAUAAGCAGACAUCAUCCCAGGUGGAUUUCAAAUUACCAUGAACAUGAGACCCUCUUGCAAGAAAAUGAAGACGAGAAACUGUCGAAAGAAGAGCAGGACUUGGCUUGGGAAGUAUACCGGAAAACCCUCGAGUGGGAGGAGGUUCGACGAGUUUUUCCAGAUGCAAACCUAUUUGAGCAGCAGAAAAUCUCCGUUGAAGAACAUGCACCGAGUCAGCAGCAAAGACCUGUUGUUGAACCUGUGGUCGAGCAAAAGUCUGAUCUUUCAACUGUGAAGGCUCCCAAACAGGACCAUGCACUUGAACGAGCCAGGCAACGCCAUCGAUAUACUUACAGGCUGCGAGAUUGCACAAAUCUUUCGCACAUAAUGACCUUAAAGAGUCAGAGAGUGAAGAUGGGUGGCGGUGCAAUAUGUGGGGAAUGUGCUCAAUUGGUACGAUGGGAGGACAUCAAGCCAGAUCCAAGGUUCUAGUAAUCUGUUGCCUGUUGGUACUCCCAAUGGCCGCUUAUAGUCAUUUGCUGGUGCAUCUCAUACUAUGUUUGGUAUAAUACGAGGAAGUUUUGGAUUUGGCCUGUAAAUGAUCGAUCUCUUUCGGCUGCUUCAGGUUGUAAAUUCUCUUAACAGGGAGUUGGCCCUUUAGAUUUGAGGGCUAGUCCAAUUUUCAUUGAUUUCAUUACAAUUACAGGAGACGUUGCCUCCUUUCUCCAUAACCGGCUGAAGUAUUUGUCCCAAGACAAUUCAGCCCUUUGGAAUUGUAUGUUGUUGAUAGGCAAACCACAUAUUCUACUCUAUAGGGGAUUCACAUGUUUUUUAGCCUUUGAGGGCAACUAUAAUUACAAGAAUUGUGCUUUGUUCUCAUUC